AAGCCCUGGGAUAGGUACUCUGAGGAAGCCUGCAGGCUGACAGCUAGAACCCUUCAUCCUCCAGACUUCCAGGCCUCCCACUGUCUUCACCGAGGGCCGCGGGCAGACCCAAGCUCUCAGCUCUCCCAAAGCGUCCACGGUACGUCAACCAAAGAGAAAGAUCUCACCCUUCACACAGGAGAGUCCUGUUGGCGGCAGCGGUGAGAACACUAAGAGAUAGCCCAGGCAUCAGCGCUGGACACGAGUUGGGCAGAGGGGUGCCUCCGGCCCCGCCCAAGGCGAGACAGCUGCAACCCUUUGAGGUCAGAGGACCAGAGGCUCCAAAGACCCCCACCCAGCGCAACUGAAAGGAUCUAUCUACAUUCCUCUCCUACUUGCACUUUCUCCUCCCUUGGGUUUUCCCCUGGGGAGCAGAAACCUACUAGCUGCAAAACAGGAAAGUCUCUAAGGCGCCUUCUUCGACCCAUAGGUACCUUCAGGCCCUCUUUGGUCCGCUGGUGACAGAUCUUCAAUUUGCUUUUGAAAAUCAAUAAACAAAGGCACCCUAGUCCUAGACUGGAUUUAAAUUUUGUUUUAAUAUCAUAUUUUUUUUUGGUUUUUGAACUUUGAUCACCUUAGUUUUUGUUCUUUUUUUUUAAAAUUAUCAUCCCCUUCCCUAUUCCGUUUUUGUGGAUUCUUUUUGGAGGGAGAUUGAUCUCAGAGGAAAAAGAGGACUUGAACAGGGGAGCUCAUAGACGUCACAGAAAUGUACCAGAGUCUUGCCAUGGCUAAUCACGGCCCCCCUCCCGGGGCUUACGAGACCGGAGGACCUGGAGCUUUCAUGCACGGAGCCGGGGCCACUUCCUCCCCAGUCUACGUGCCCACUCCCCGAGUGCCGUCGUCCAUGCUGGGCCUGUCUUACCUGCAGGGCGGCGGGUCCGGGGCGGCCGGGUCUGGACCGGGAGGGAGCAGUUCUAGUAGCAGCGCCGGGGCAGCCCCCUCGGGGAGCGGGCCGGCCGCUCAGCAGGGCAGCCCGGCUUGGAGCCAGCCUGGGCCCGAGGGCGCCGCUUACACGCCCCCACCCGUGUCACCACGCUUCUCCUUCCCAGGAGCUACGGGCUCUCUGGCAGCGGCUGCAGCAGCAGCCGCAGCCCGGGAAGCAGCCGCCUACGGCACCGGCGGGGCUGGAGGUGCCGGUGGCCUCGGAGGCCGAGAGCAGUAUGGGCGGCCCAGCUUCGGGGGCUCUUAUUCCAGUCCCUACCCUGCUGCAGCCGCCGCAGCCGCUGCAGCCUACAUGACAGCUGCAGACAUGGGAGCAUCUUGGGCCGCAGCCGCAGCAGCUUCCGCUGGGCCAUUUGACGGGCCAGUCCUGCACAGCUUGCCCGGCCGGGCCAACCCAGCUACAAGACAUCCUAAUCUAGAUAUGUUUGAUGACUUCUCUGAAGGUCGGGAAUGUGUCAACUGUGGUGCCAUGUCUACCCCUCUCUGGAGGCGAGAUGGGACAGGUCACUAUUUGUGCAAUGCUUGUGGGCUCUACCACAAGAUGAAUGGCAUCAACCGGCCUCUUAUCAAGCCACAACGUCGUCUGUCUGCUUCCCGCCGGGUGGGGCUCUCUUGUGCAAAUUGCCAGACCACAACCACCACUCUAUGGCGCCGAAAUGCAGAAGGGGAGCCUGUCUGUAAUGCCUGUGGCCUUUACAUGAAGCUGCAUGGGGUCCCAAGGCCUCUUGCAAUGAGGAAAGAAGGAAUUCAAACAAGGAAACGGAAGCCCAAGAACCUUAACAAAGCCAAGACAACAUCAGGUCCCACAGGCAGUGAGAGCCUCACUCCCACCACCAGCACUGCCAGCAGCUCUAGUAAUACCACUAGCACUGAGGAGAUGCGUCCCAUCAAAACAGAGCCAGGGAUCUCCUCCCAUUAUGGACAUACCAGCCCCAUGUCUCAGUCAUUCUCAGUCAGCUCGAUGUCUGGUCAUGGGACCUCUAUCCAUCCAGUUCUCUCAGCCCUGAAGAUCUCUCCUCAGGGCUACCCAUCUCCAGUCAGCCAGUCCCCACAGGCUGGAACCAAGCAGGACUCCUGGAAUAGCCUCGUCUUAGCUGAAAGUCAUGGGGACAUCAUCACUGCAUAAUCUCACCUCUUUCUCCACCUCAAACUCCUCACGUGGACUCUGGGAUUCAGGAAGCCAGGGGAGAGAGAGAUUUGGGGCUUUCUGUAGUCAGAAUUCCCAAUUCUUUCCCUUGAUGAGACUGACUCCAGAAGAAUGAUUCGGAAGAAACUUAAAGGCUACUUGGGUAGGAAAACUGGAAAGAGCUUGGAUCAUCGAGUACAGAGACCUACCCUCCACAGACCAAAUGGGGAAAGUUUCUUCAUUGUAGUCAGAGACCAUUUUUCAAGUGACUUCCUCCUACAAGAUUUCCUGAUGGGGAGAUCUUUUCCUUUUACCAUUUCACUCCCAUGACCUAAGACUUGAGGCUUUGCCUGGAAUACAAAGCCAUGCCAGAGAAGAAGGUCUGGUUGGGCUCUGCCCCCUCAGCUGAGCUCAGUGACUUGGGGAUGGCAAGGUUUUAGAGGUGGGAGGAUCUUUCUGGAAACCAGUGAUUCUUAUUUCCAUACUCUCUGAACCUUCACUUAUGAUGCAACUCUCAUGCAUAACAUAACAUGUACUUCCCUUGCCUCCUCUCCCAGUCUUUUUCAAAGGUUCUGGACCAAGUUAUGUGUAUGAUGAUGAGAUAUUAACUGGCUAACAUGUUUGACUCUGAUUUUUUCUAAAUGGAAAUCUUCUACCUGGCAGGUAAAAGCCUCAAGAGAGUUGAAAAAACAUCCCAUAGAGGAAAGCACUGAGUGUGACCCCUUGGAAAGCCUCCACUAUGAGCUUCUCUGGAAUUGGUCUUUUUUCCUUCCCUCCCUUACCCCAUUAUUGCUGUCCUACAAUACUGCUGAUUCAAAGAGGGCCCCAGGGUCCCACAGAGACUCUUCACCAUGAUCUUUUUUCUUUCUAAUAAACAGUGCUGUAACUGUCUAUGACAUUACCUAUCCCUGACCCAAAAGAAUCUACCAGUAGCAAGGAGCAUCUUUAAAACAAGGUUCAAUUUUAAUCUCCCAUUUUGUUCCCUUCCAUGAAGGAUGGAUGCCCAUACCCUCCCUGACCCCACAGACCCAUUAACGUUGUCUUAAGGUGAGGUUGCUGUAAAAUCAGUAUUUAACUAAUAAAUUUAUCUCUGCUAACCUUUC